ACACACCCCCACUCCUAAUCUCCGCACGCUCUCUCCACACACACACUCAUCCACUCACUCCGACUGGGCACCAGAGUGCAAGUGGCAGCAAGGCUCUCUCUGUGUCGAGUGUUGUUUGCGAGCACCUAUUUGCGUGACUGAGCGAGCGAUCCGUUAACUCUUUCAUUGAUAGACAGCCUGCAUACCUGAUCGUGGUAUGUUAACUGACGCGCUCUGCAUUACACACACGCACACACCGAUCUGCUAAAUUAGCGCAUACACAACACGCGUCUCUAACAACACACAUGUUGAGAAGUGUAACAUUAAACGUAAUGAUAAAGCAUAGAGUCUAGUUAACUUGUCUAUACACACACACACGUGUACACAGUUAGACACCCAACACGCGUGUAGACUGACUUACUGCCCGUGUGUUUAACUUGGUAAUCCUAAAGUGUGCAUUGGCGCAGAUGUGUCCGUGCGUAAUUAGACACUAAACUGACCCCUGCGUACUCGAUUGACUGAGGAUGUCCUUACGGCCACAGAGGCUUACGGGGUUGAGAGUCCUGCAGAGGUGAGAUGAAGUGAUGGACAUCAUCACCAACGUCAACACAAAUAGCAGCAGCAGCCGCCGCACUACAGCCGUGGCAAUAAUCGCUAACUGAUAGAACCUCUGCAAAGCUCGCCCGCGUGCCGCCGCCGGGGUGAGCCGCGCACGCGCUCGGCCCCCGGCCAUGACGGCGAUGGGCGGCGCGGUGCGCAAGGCGUCUCUGCUGGCGUGCGGCGGUGGCCAGCGCUACGCCUCCGUGGACGAGGAGGACAUCACCUCGGACCUCAUGCUCGACAUGAGCGGGCGCAAGAUUCGGCGCGCGCCGCCGCAGCUCUGCGCUCUGGGCCACAUCGUGAAGCUCUACCUGAGCAACAACCGCCUGCGCGAGCUGCCCGAGGAGUUCGGCUUCCUGAGCUCGCUGCGCAUCCUGGCGCUCGACUUCAACAAGUUCGAGGAGUUCCCGCCGGUGCUGUGCCGCCUCACCGAGCUGUGCCGCCUCUACCUGGGCAGCAACCUCCUGCAGGACCUGCCGGACGAGAUGCGCAGCCUCGUCAACCUCAAGGCGCUGUGGCUCGAGGGGAACUACCUGCGCCACCUGCCGCCGGUGCUCUGGAAGCUGCCGCAGCUUCGUUCGCUGCAGGUGGGCGACAACCGGCUGAAGGCGCUGCCGCGGGAGCUGCGCCGGCUGGCGAGCCUGAGGGGCCUCUGGCUCUACGGCAACCGCUUCGAGGAGUUUCCCGACGUGCUGCUGCGCAUGGAACUGCUGGAGAUCAUCGACGUGGACCGCAACCGCAUCUCGGAGUUCCCCAGCCUGGAGCGGCUCACGCGCCUCAAGGUCAUCUCGUACGACCACAACCCGUGCAAGGGCCCGCCGUGCGUCGCCCCCGGCGUGUUGCUGGUGGGCGACGGCGCCGAGGAGGCCAACAGCCUCAACGCGGCAGCGGCGGCGGCGGCGGAGGACGGCGGGGACGGCGACGACGACGGAGGCGGGGGCAAUAGCGACGAGUGCGGCGUGGUGCAUCACGGCAUAUUGAAGAACGGCACGCACAGCGCCGGGCACGCCAGCGACGAAGGGAUGUAAGGGGAUUGUGCGUCACCGAUUGGUUGACGAGAGUUUAUUUUCGCGCUUGUGAUGCACGCUUUGAGUCACGCGAGUGAGAAUCUAUUAUUUAUGAUGUAUGCAAGUAAUAUGCAAAUUUAAUACAUAGGGUAAUUGAGCAAAAAAAAACUGUGCAAAAAAACACAGACGGGAACAAACGGCAAACAGAAAAAGUAAGGCAGUCAAAACGAAAUGAAAAAGGAGGAAUUCGUGAAUUGAUUUGUGAAAUGGCGUCGUGACAAUUCGUCGAAUGGCUGGGGAUGUGGAUUGCUACGUGGCUGGCACAGGAGCGGUGUUUCGGGGCUGACGUGGGACAGGCGUGUCCUUGCACAGACCGCCGCCGGGCAGGUGUCACCAACUUCUGGCGAACGAGUCUCUCAACUUUCACGGGCAAUUCUGGCACUCCUUGUGUCUGUUGGUGGUCCAGAUCAAUCCAGUAAGCUGAAAUUAAACAUUGCCGUGACAGGGGCUUGUUAAUAUAUAUUCCUAAUCCACCUCGUAGCGAUUUAAGAAACAUCCUUGACACAGCUGUGAAUGGCAGCGCCUCCAGUGGCUGCAGGGUUGACGUGACCCAAUUGCAUAGAAGAUGAAUGACUCAAGAAGCGUUGGUUCUUACACACGGAAUUCCAUACAUGCGUUGCGAGCUUAACAAUCAAUAUUGACCGAUGCACCGAUAGCAGUAUUACACCCCCAACAAUGAUUGUUGGGUAUCGAUGAACCUUCAUUAUUGCUUAAAAACUCACCACAUUCGUCAAUAACAAUGCCCCAAAUUACAAUAGGCGACGUUUCUGACAAAUGGCCCUUCUGCAUAAGCACGGGUCCAUUUCUCGAAGUGUCGUUUGUCGUAUAUAUUUUUGUUUCUGUUAGUUGUGCUUGUGCACCACUGACAGUGCAGUUUCAGCACCACCAGAUAAUGUAUUUAUUGUAACUUAGUUUGUUUCAGUAUGUGAUCAGAUUACCGAUGCUUGCCACACGUACGAGCUGAUUACUCUCUAUCAUUAUGUCCGUUGUUGUUUUGUUAUUGAUAACGAUUCACGAACAACGACGACGACGAUGACGAUGGGGAAGUUCUGGAGUCAGUAGCUCGGGUCAAUGUGAGGAGAGCAGCACACAGAUCACAACACAGCUGCCCCCCCCAGUCGAGCAAUAACUUAAGGUAAUCAUGACAGUAACGAUGCAAUCAGAUUACACGAGCGUAUGGAAAAUAAUUGAUUACGCAAUGUUCCUUCUAAACCAUUGAGCAAUCGGUAACGUCAAAACAAUCGCGGACAUGCGCGGCCAAUGCCACAACGCACACUGAUCGACGCUGUGGAGCGGUAGUGCAACGGUUGGCGCCCUGCGCUGCGCUACGAACCUGGUGACCCGAGUUGGAUUCCUGCUCACAGCCAACAUCAGUGAUAUCUGACCUGCGCCUGGUAGUGCACACCUGCUUUCCCGAUUAAUCGUAGCACACGUGCAACUACAGUAAUGUAUAUACGCACAAAGACAAAUAUCCCCCGUAUAGCCUUUGCAGACUGUUGUGGCAAGUGCUGUUAAUGUGCACUUACUAAAGCUGGCACACGAGGGGGUGGGUGGCCAGCACGAUGCCCGACCCACUUUGCCUUCCCAGUGCUGAUGUUUAUAAACUGUAUCAGGUACUCAUUUGAGGCUGAGUCGACCCAGGGGAGGCCCAGAACCGGUUCAGAUAUUCGUCAAUGGUUUUGGCCGUUAGCGGGAAUCCAACUCAGGUCACCGCGUUCGCAGCACAGCGCGCUAACCGCUGCGCAACCGCUCCCCACCACCGACACAACCACCACCACCACUACUACCACACAUGGCCACAACCAGUGUUGGGACACCUGCUGUUGUCUGCUGACGCAGGCACCAGCGGUGCCCAUUAUUCCCUCCGGGGUGGCGUGUGCGUCAUCCCACACUUCCUCGCACCUCACAUGCUACUUCCAACAACAACAGCGAUUACAAUGCAGCAGCAGCAGCAACAGCAAUAAUAAUGAGAGUGCAAUGUCCAUUUUCUAUUCAGCAAAGCUUCACCGAGUCUAAAGACUCACUUUCAGGAGGGCCCUGCCACAUGGGGAUAUUUUGACUAAUCCUUACUGGAAACCUUUAAAGUUCCCGGACAAAACCCAUGCCUCAUACAUGGGCAGAUAGCACCCACAAUCCCGCACGGAUCGUUUGGCAGCUCACUUGCUAUGCUCCCUUCACCACCUCGUCGCCUCGCGAGGUGCGCCUCUCACACAUAUACUGAUCUCGGUAUGACCCACCAACCCCCGGUCACCAAUAUUUAACUCCGAAACUUUCGGUGAAUCUCAACAUCACAAUCGCCGGUCGGGAUAAGUGUGCAUCUCGAUGUUUAUGCACCUGUUUUUUUAUAUCAAGCGAUGAUGGGGGGGGGUUUGCGUGUGGUUGGAUUUGUAACAAAUCUUUUUUUCUUUUCAACCGUAGGGUAAAUAUGCAAUUUUGACUUGCAGCCUUUAACCGACUGUACGGUUUCGUUGAGCGUUUGUACGAUUCGCAACGGCGGCAAUGAAACGCCGGGCGGUGAGUGUUCCACUCCGGUAGCGGGGAUUUUUAAUCUACCUGUAAACACAUGUACAGCACCGUCAAUAUUUAUUCCUUAAAGCACAACAAAGUGCACCAUAUUGUACGAACUUACAUGGUCACCCUGAACGAUACGAGUUUCAAUGGCGAUGAGCGCGAGGAUUAUAAUGAUGAUGCUGACGAAGCUGAUCUGUGGUGUAGCCGUCGAGUGUGCAGGGUUGUAUUGGGGCCCAACAAGGACCCGAGAGGCCCAGACGCCAAGCUAUGAAGACGAUGGGUGAAUUGGACAGUCCCCCCCCCCCCCCCCAUUUAAUUCCUUGCACCAGGGUCCAUGCCAAUCAUGCUAUACCACUGAUGCUGAUGACAAUGAUGCCGAUUUUAAUGAUGAUGAUCAUCAUAAUGCUGCUACUGGUGAUGCCGAUGAUUAUGUCUACACAUUAAUUUUGUGACAGUUGCUGUGAUACCUCUUUGGUGUGUUGUGUCCACUCAUAUGACAUCAGCACGGCAUCACUCGGGUUUGCGGGAGUCACAGUGAGAAUGCUACAGCCUAUUCUAUUUUUGUCCCCAAAACCGUUUUUGCAGAUGUUAUUAAACAAUAUCGCUCGAAGAUUUUAAA